UUUUUUAUUUUUGAAAUGAAAGCUUUGUGAUUGAUCUUGUGACAAUGUGACCCAAACUAACACUGGUCCACUCCGUCUUCCCUUGUUUCUGGACUUGAACCCUGCGAUUCACUUCACUCCGUCUAGAAUAGGCUGCGAUUAACGGCGGCUCCGCCAAUCACCGGCGACACUCUUUUCCGGUGGCCGAAAAAUUGCUCUCUUUCCCCUAUACACCAUUUCAUAAGGGAGAUAUUCGUUUCCAUUAGUCCCAUACUCCAUAGGCUGAAGUGAGUUUUUUCUAAUAAGGAGCUUUUAUUGGGUGUCUGAGAAACAUGUUGAAGCAAGCAAUUGGCAGAAUUUGCAGAACCAGUGUUUAUACUUGCGAAGUAAAUGGAGUUUUGCCUUGGAAUUAUGUGCCCUCAUGCUGUUUCCACAGUGGACAAGCGCAUAUGGCACCAAGAAGCUUUUUCGGGGUAGAGGAUUUCCUUGAUGAUGACAAUAGCCGACCUUACACAUACCAAAAAGGGAAGAAAUCAAAGAAUCCAAAUAAGCAUGUAUCAUUCAAACAAAGAACAGUUGCCUACAUGGAGCCUUUCACACUUGAUGUGUUUAUCUCAAAACGCUUUGUAUCAGCUUCAGUGACCCACAGGGUGACAAGCAAACAGGUUGCAGUUGCUGGCACCAACUCCAAGGACAUCAAAGCCGUUCUUAGAUCUCGUUCAGAUAUACCAGCGUGCAUAGCCAUUGGUCGGAUUUUGUCUGAAAGAGCAAGAGAGGCUGAUGUUUAUACUGCUUCUUAUACUCCAAGAGAUAGGGACAAGUUCGAAGGGAAAAUCAGAGCUGUAGUUCAAUCACUUAUUGAUAAUGGUUCCUGUUUUGGUUGAACCUGUUGCCGCAUGUGGUACCUAAAUGGAGGCAUUUCCCAGUGGUUGCGAUUUGAGUUUUUGUUCAGGAAGAGGCGGACUUUUGAGUUUGUCUCUUUUGUCUGGUUUGUUUACUUUAGCUCAUUUUUGUUAUAAUGGAGAGACUUAGUUGGGUUCGUCUCUUUUGUGGGGUUUUGUGCUCCUUUGUUAGGAGGAUUUGUAUCUCGUGGUUGCAGUCUUUAUCGAAGGAACUUCAUAUUGCCCAUUCUACAUCAAUAAUCUCCUGUUCUCCGUGCUCAAACUGAGCACAUGGAGCUAGACUUGUUCUUUGUUCGAGAAAAAAUGAUCAACAAAUAGUUGCAUGUCAACCAUAUUCUAGCCCAGUUUAAAGUAGCUGAUGCUCUCACCAAGGCUUUAGCCCCUACUA